AAGACGCAUUCGCAUUUCAUUUUAAAUGAAUUGAACAGAAAAAAGGGAAAAAGAAAAUUUUAGUAUUCGUUGACGUCGAACGUAUAUGGAAUAGUGUGUGUGGAAAAAAAAUAACAAAUUGUAGAAAGUUUAAAGUACUUUGAAAAAAAAAAAUAAAUCGUCGUGGAAUAAAAAGUUUUGAUUAUUUUUUUAUUUUAAUUCAAAAGAAAUAAAUUUUUUGCUCAUUAAAAAGUCAAGGAAAAAAAAAUAAUUCCAAAUGAAGUAAUAAGAUAAAAGUGAUUUGAAAAAGUUAGUUUGUUUAAUCGAAAAAAAAUUUGCAUUAAGUUAAAAAAAGAGGAAUAGAAAAAAAGCAAUUAAAAAUGCCAAAGUCGUGGCAAUCUAAUUUUAUAUUCGAUAUAAUAACAAUAUUUUUAUUUUUUAAUUUAAUUAUAUUAAAUUUACCGAAAAAAAUAAAUUGCGUUCGGUAUGGUGAUAAGCCAACAUUAUUACAUGUUGAUUUAAAAGAAGAAAGAGAUUCAAUACGUAAACCAUUUAUAAUUAGUAGAUCAAUUGAAAAUAAUAAUAAUGAAAAUAGUGAUUUUAAUAUUUAUGAUAAAAUAGAAAAAUUUCGUCACAAAAGAGAUGCGACAUUAAGCAAUCCAAAUACAUCGGGAAAUGCAGCAAAAACAUCAUCGGCAUCAUCAGUAUCUGCUACUGCAACCUCAUCAAAGUCAUCAACAUUCUCAAGUGCUUCAACAAUAUCAAAUAUUGAAACGGGGGGUGGUGGUGCUGAUGGUGGUAGUAGUAAUACAAAUGGAGGAAAUGUUGGAUUAGGAGGAGGAAAGACAACUACAGCAUCAACAAUUAAGCCGCCAUUAAACGAUGGAAAUAAACAUCAACAUCGUAAUAUCACUGUCAAGACAAAUCAUCUAAAUGAUUCACAUGCCCAAUUAAUGGUGCAUUGGCUUGGAGAUGGUUCAGAUGUUAUGAUAUGUUUAGCAAGAGAUCCACCCCCUGGUCCAAAUGAAAACACAAAGCUCAAAGAAGAUGCAUCACCAUCAUCUGUUUAUAUAUCAUAUGAUUAUGGUGAUACGUUUGAAAAUAAAACACAUCUAUUCACCGUGCCGGGGGAAAAUGGCACCGAAAAAAAUUCUACAUUAGAUCAAUUUUUAACGCAUCCAAAAUAUGAUACGAUAAUAUUUAUAGAUUCACGUAAUAAAGUGAUAUUUAAUGUACCAGAGAAAGGUGAUAACGUAACACGAUAUCUAGUUGAUUUUACCCCAUCUGAUAUAAGCUUUUACGAAAGUGAUCCAAAGACAUUUUUAGCAUUAGAUAAAGAAGAUCCAGAUAGAAAAUUAUAUUACACAACUGACUGUGGAAAGACAUUCACAAUGUUAGAAAUGUAUGUGAAAUCAUUUUCAUGGUCAUCUGGUGAUUAUAUGCCAGCACAUUUAUAUGUCGAAAGAAAAGAACCAAUAACAAAUACUUCUUCAGUACGUUGGAUAAAUGCUGCAGAUUUAUUAAAACCAAAUAUUAAUAAGUCUUUUAAUGUAUUGAUUGAAAACGUUCAAGAUUUUCACAUCAAAAAAGAUUUUAUGUUUGCUAUGCGAAAAGUUUUGAAUACUACUGAACUUCAUAUUUCAUACAAAAGAGGAAAAUUUGUUAAAGCGAUAUUUCAAACUGAAUUAGAUAUUAAAGCAAUGCAUAUUGCUGAUGUUGAAGGACGUCGUAUAAUGAUAUCUGCAGCUCAUUCUGAAUAUAUAUCGCAUUUAUACGUAUCAGAAAGUAAUAAUGAUAUGACGGAUAUUAAAUUUGUGCCUAGUUUAGAAAAUAUAUUCACUUAUAUACCAGAUGUUAUGUGGAAACAAGGAUGGUUAUCUCAAACUACUGAUGAAACUUUUACCGAUUUAUACAAAGUUGAAGGAAUUCGUGGUAUUUAUAUUGCGUCUAAAGUGCAUAAAUCACAAUUGGUAUCAUUUCUACAGCAAUUAUCUCGAUAUGCAUAUUUCGAAUCAGUUGGACCAGCAAAUCUAGUAUCAUUAAUUAGUUUUGAUCAUGGUGCAUCUUGGAAACGUAUAGAAGCACCAAAAUACGACGAUGAAGGCCAAGCUAUAUUGAACUGCACAAAAGAUUGCAGCUUACAUUUAUCGCAGAAACUUAGUCAGUUAUAUCCUGUAACGAGAGCGGUUUCAAUAAUGAGUUCAAAACUAGCUCCUGGCGUAAUAAUGGCGUCAGGUGUAAUUGGAAAAUCAUUGAAGGGCCAUCCGGGAGUGUUUUUAUCUCGAGAUGCUGGUUUAACGUGGUCGCAAAUAUUAAAAACAUACCAUUUCUUUAAUUUUGGUGAUCAUGGUGGCAUACUAGUGGCUGUUAAAUAUUAUAAAUCGAAAGGAGAAACCAGAGAAAUUUUGUAUACGACCGAUGAAGGAGAAAAUUGGGAACGUUAUUCAUUCCAUGAGGAAGAUUUGAAGAUAUAUGGUCUUAUGACGGAGCCAAAUUCAAAUACAACUAUAUUCACUCUAUUUGGGUCGCAGACAGAAGAACAUCAAUGGCUAAUAUUAAAAAUUGAUUUACAGAAUGCAUUUGAACGUAAUUGUAGUAAGAAAACCGAUUAUAAAUUCUGGGCACCAAGUUCGCAAGACGGUACUAGUUUAAUGCCAUGUCAAUUAGGUAAACAGCAAAAAUUCCAAAGACGUGCACCACGCAGCAAUUGCUAUAAUGGAAAAGAUUUUGAACCACAAAUUAUAACAGAUAUAUGCCUUUGUAAUGCUUGGGAUUUCGAAUGUGAUUUUGGUUUUACUAGAUUAAAUUCAAACUCGCCGUGUACUUUUAAUAAGUCAAUUCAACAUAUUUAUGAUCCCUACAAGAUUCCAAAUUAUUGCCGUCCAGGUGGCUAUUAUAAUAGAACUCGAGGUUAUAGAAAAAUUGAGGGAGAUGUCUGUUAUGGUGGCUAUGAAACUCGUUAUUUACCACAAUCGAUACCAUGCCCUAUGAAACAAACACCAAGUUUUUUACUAGUUGCGCAAAGGGAUCGGAUUUCACGUAUUGAUAUAAAUACACAAACUCGUGAAGAAAUACCAGUACAAGAUUUAAAAAAUGUUAUUGCAAUUGAUUAUGAUAUCAAAAAUAAUUGCGUAUUUUUCGCUGAUAUCAUGUCUGAUAAAAUUGGUCGCCAGUGUUUGGAUGGUAAUCAUACAACAGAAAUAUUAGUUGAUUCAGAUUUAUCUUCGGUUGAAGGCAUGUCCUAUGAUUGGGUUUCUGAAUUGUUAUUCUUCGUUGAUGGUACAAGAUCCAAAAUUGAAGCUGUAAAAACAUCUAGGGAUGGGUUAGCUAGAUUAAGAACAACUAUUAUCGAUUAUGAAAAGCUAGUUAAGCCAAGAGGAAUUGUAGUUCACCCAUUAGAAGGUCUUCUUUUUUGGACAGAAUGGAGUACACAGAAGCCAUCUCUUUCACGAUCAAAUUUGGAUGGUACUGAUAUAAUAGUCCUAUUUUCAAAACCAGAUGUUGUAUGGCCUAAUGGUGUCACUAUUGAUUAUUUUUCUCAAAGAAUAUAUUGGGUUGACGCAAGCAGAGAUUAUAUAGGAAGUUGUGAUUUAAAUGGAAAAAGUUUUGCUAAAAUUUUGGAACAUGAUUCGCGUGUUGCUCAUCCGUUUGCUGUAGCUAUUUAUAAAGAUUUAAUGUAUUGGGAUGAUUGGAAAAUGAAUUCAAUUUAUUCAGCUGAUAAAGAUCAUGGAAUAAUGAUUAAGAAUAUAGCUCAUCAAAUGAGUAAUUUAAUGGAUCUAAAAGUUUAUGCUCAUUCAUUACAAGAAGGAACAAACGGUUGCGAAAAAAGCAAUUGUUCACAUAUAUGUGUAGGGGCUCCUAAAGGUGGUUAUUCAUGUUUAUGCCCAGUUGGUAUGACAAAGUCGGGAAAUGAAUGCCUGUGUCCUGAUGGUUUACGUCCUUUUAAUAAUAAUACAUGCGCACAACAAGGCAAUACCUGUAUAGCGGGAUUUUUUAAAUGCGACACAGUUAAUAUAUGUAUACCUAAUUCACACCGUUGCGAUGGUCAUGAUGAUUGUGGGGAUAACUCUGACGAAAAAGGCUGUGCAACUGAAAAUCCUCCAUGCCCACAUUAUAUGUUCCGGUGCAAAAUUGAUAAUAAAUGUAUUCCUGAAUAUUUUGUUUGUGACUCUGAUAUAGAUUGUGACGAUGGAAGUGAUGAAUUGGGAUGUAAAUUUAAUGAUUGCAAAGAUACUGAAUUCAAAUGUAAUAACGGACGUUGUAUAAGUGAUAUGUGGGUUUGUGAUGGAGAGGAUGAUUGCAUAGAUAAAAGUGAUGAACAAAAUUGUCGAUCUUCAAACAAAACAGCAGUAACUUGUAAGCCGGAUGAAUUUAGAUGUGCAAGUAAUAAUCAGUGUGUACCAAUCAUGUGGAAAUGUGAUAAUGACUAUGAUUGUCCAGAUGGUAGCGAUGAGACGAAUUGUAAUCGAAGAGAGUGUGAUAUGUGGGAAUUUGAUUGUGGAAAUGGGAAAUGCAUAUACCGUACGUGGAGAUGUGAUGGUGACAGAGAUUGCGAAAAUAAUGCUGAUGAAAUAAAUUGUACAAAAUCAGCUCAACCUGUUCCGGGUACAACUUUCUUUCCAUCAAAUGCCUGCCAUGAUUGGAUGUUUAAAUGUAGUAAUGAUAAAUGCAUACCAAUGUGGUGGAAAUGUGAUUCUGCAAAUGACUGUGGAGAUAAUUCGGAUGAAAUUGGUUGUUCAACCACUCAAAAUUCAACCAAUCGCAUUGGCACUAAAACCACAAUUAGUCCAAAAUAUUCAGGUCAUCAAAAGUGCGCUAUCAAUUAUUUCCAAUGUAAUAGCGGGGAUUGUAUAUUAAAAAAAUAUGUUUGUGAUGGAGCUUCGGAUUGUUUGGAUGGUGAAGAUGAAAGUAAUUGUUCAAAUAUAACAGUAGAAGCUUGUAAUGGGCCGAACCAAUUCAGAUGUAGGUCAGACAGAACAUGCUUGCCAAUGUCAAUGUAUUGCGAUCAUAUACAACACUGCGUUGACAAUUCUGAUGAGGAAGAUUGUGGUGAGCAUCCGUCUAGAUUACCAGAUCAUGAAGUAAGCUGUGGUCCAGCAUACUUCAGAUGUGAUCACACGUGUAUUCCCUUGAUGAAACGAUGUGAUUCUAAGCUGGAUUGUUAUGAUGGCAGUGACGAGGAGACGUGUCAAAAUGUUAAAAGAGUGUAUCAAGUAACGAAUUUUAUUAUUGAUCCCAAAUUUGUUGAGCAAACAAGUUUUGUUUUGUCAUGGUGGGUAAUUCUAUCACCAGAAACAAGCGUAACAUUGGAGUACUUGCCAUCCAUAUCUUUAGUUGACAAAAAUAAUUGGAAGAAUGCCACUUGGAUUACUGACAAGAAAUAUAAAUUUAGAAACCUUACGCCAUACACAAACUAUAACUGCACCGUUUAUGUUAGAGUUAAAGGGGAACAUCCAGUGCCACCAUUUUUUUUUGCAAAUAUUACUACGAGUGAAGGAAUUCCAGAUCAUCCGUUAAAUGUUAAUGUAACACAGAUUGGUGGAUCUAGAGUUCAAGUUACAUGGGAUCCUCCUAAAAAAACAUAUGGACCAUUAAUUGCUUAUACAGUCUAUUAUAGACCUCAAAGUAUGUCUAUAGGUUCAGCACAAAGUGUUAAAGUAAACUCUCAAGAUCAUUCCCUCAUAUUAGAUUCUUUUUUCAAAUCAAAUAUUACGUAUGAAUUUUGGGUUCGUGCUAAGAACUCUAAAGAGGAAUCUCUGCCAUCAAAAAUGGUUCAACUUACAAUUAAUGACAUAUCAAAUAUUGACUCUCUGCAAGGAUUAACAGUAAGUAUAAGUGAUUCAGGAUAUGAUGUAACUUUAAAAUGGGUGCCAGUAAAAGGUGCAGAUGGGUACUUGAUUGAUGCUAUAUUACCGCAACCCUAUCCGCGCAUUCCAAGCAAAAAAGUUAAUGAAACUGAAAUUAAAUUUGAUAACUUGGCACCUGGUAUUUCAUAUAUUUUUAAAGUAGCGGCAUACGUUAAGCAGUUUGUGGGACGAGCCCAGCCUAUAAAAGUGUCUUUAAAAUCGCCUGCACUACCGGAAGUUGCUAAUAUUCAUUUGGAAAAUGAUUCUAGUUAUACAAGACUAAAGUGGAUAGAACCUAAAACUACUCUAAAAAAUAUUACAUACGGUGUUUAUUAUGGUACAACCGAAGAAGAAACUUUUGAAGGUCCAAAAAUUAAAACGCAAUUAACUGAAGCGAAUAUUACUGAUUUAAUGCCAUGCCAAUCAUAUAUGAUUAGCGUUGGUAUAGUUGGACCUUUAGGUCCAGGUCCCUUAUCCCAUGAUCCAAUAGCUUUUGAAACAACAUUGAACGAUAGAAAACCACCAAGAAAUUUAAUUGCGAAUGUCGAUAGAAAAACACGUAAAAUGACAAUUGAGUGGGAUCACAAUUGCGCAUUGUCUAAGGUUUUUCCAGCUUAUUUAAUAACAGUCAUUGAGACUGUUAAAAAUCAAACAUCUGCCAUUGAAAUAAAACGUGCGGCAAAUAAAACAAUUCAUUAUUCGCAUUACUUUAAUGAUGUCCCUUAUGGUGCUGUAUAUAAUAUAAGUAUUAGAUCAAAAGUUGAUAACUCUGAACCAGCAAAUAUUGUAGUUGACGCGCCAAAAUUAGAAGGGCCAAGACAAUUGAAAGUUUGGCCAGAAGGAAAUGGUACUUAUGUUGUUUAUUGGAAAGAAUUCGAAAAAUCUCACUAUGAUUUCAAGUUUACAUACGAGUUAGUAAUAUAUGAUGGACAUUAUAUUCAUGAAGUUGAGAAUAACGCAACUGAAAUUAAACGUAUUUCAUCAAAUACACCUCCGAUACUAGUUAAUCCAGACGAUUUAGGUGGUUUACAUGCACUAGGAAGAAUAUUUACUUUUGGAAUACGUUUAAAAUCAGAUGCUGGUUAUACAUCAGAUAUAUCUGAAAUUGAACAUAUUGAAGUACCUGUAGAAGCGUGGCAUUUACCAGUUGUAUCAGAUACCACCUACGCAUGGUUAAUCAUAAUACCAAUAAUAUUAAUAAUUGCACUAGGUGGUGUCAUAGUGUAUUUAGUUCAAAGACAUAGACGUUUGCAAAAUUCAUUUUCUCGAUUUGCGAACUCCCAUUAUGAUACAAAAACGGGUGCGACAAGAAUUGGAACGGAUGUUUUUGACGACGAUCAUCAUGAACAUCAUCAAGAAGUACCAAGAUUUGCCGACGAUGAUCCGUUAGUUAUAUAAAUUGAUUCAAAAUCAGAAAUCAGUUUUAAAUUAAAACAAUUAAAAAAUUUAGGGGAAUUUCGUUUUCGUUUACAAAAAAAAAAUAAAAAAAUAUUAAAAUAGGAGAUAACAUAAAAUCAAAGAAAUAAUAAAGGGGGAGAGAGAUUUAGGGGACUUUUAUAUGUUGAAGUAACAGAAAGAAAAAAAACGAUAUAAAAGACGUGAAACAAAAAGCUUAAAACACCAUUGUGAAUGUUAAAACCUUGAAAGCAAACUAAAUAUAAAAUUUCAAAUAAUUUUCAUAUAAUAAAAUAUUAGAAAAAAAUAAUUAUUAUUCAUGCAUAUACGAGUAUGCUAAUAAAGAAAUGGAAGUACA